CUUCCACUCUCUCAGCAGCGCGUCGAUAGUUCGUUCACUCCGCUACUCCCUCCCUUCUCACCCCCGCGGCCAGCCUGACUCGUCCUACAAAUGAGCCAGCAACCGUCCGUGUCUGCCCAGGCAGCAGCCAUCGCAGCAGGCAUUGCCGCACGCCUGAACUCGCAGCUCAAGCCAGCCGCUCCACCUGCUGCUGCAGCAACAGCAGCCCCUCCACUGCUCCGACCGGCCGACGCGCGCGGUCCUCCACCACCUCCGCUUGCAUCGCAGCAGCAACAACAACAGCAUCAGCAGCAGUCUGCGCCGACGUCGCAGGAGAUUGAGAUCAACGAUGUGCCCAACCGCCACACGCUGCUCAAGAAGGGCGGCCGGAUUGCCGAGAUUGCCGCGGCUUGCAACGCCAGCAUCACGCCCAAGGGCCGCUACAUUGCCCCUGAAGAGCGUUCGCAUACAACAGACAGGCCGCUGUAUCUCGUCGUCCAGGCAGGCACCGAGGACGCCGUCAAUCACGCCAUGGCAAAGCUGCGCGAGGCGAUUGCCGACCUGUCUCAGCCGCGAGAUUCGCGAGGUCCUCGACGAGGUCCUCCACCGCUGGAUCCGACCGGCGGGGGCCCCGCGAAUUUCCCGCGUCCUCCGUCUUCUUAUCAGUCGCAUUCUAUUCCUGAACGCCCACCGCCCCACGGCAUGCAUGGCCACCACCGUGCGCCGCCGCUGGGUCCGCCCCCGCCGCUCGCCCCACCGCCAGGCUAUGGUGCUGCGCCCGCCGCUGAUACCACCGUUGUGCACGUUGGCAUUCAGUAUCCCAAGCCUGGGUUUCCCUUCCGUGAGAAGCUUCUGGGACCGAAUGAGUCCUUCAUCAAUCACAUUCGCACGCGCACCUCUGCAACAAUCACUGCGACCGGCCUGAGCGAGUUUGAAGCCGGAAACUAUAGCGUCCCACUCACGUUUGUUAUCAGGCAUCAAGAUCCCGCCAACGUCAAGCAGGCUCGAGAUUUGUGCGAAAGUCUUGCAAACACUGUUCGCAACGAACAUCAAGCGUUUACUCCUGCGGUGGAUCCGUACUAUCAGCACAUGUAUCAGCAGCAGCAGCAAUAUGCACAGUACCCUCCUUAUUCUUUUCAACAACCCCAUGGGCAGCAUGCGUAUGGCUAUCCUCCGCCGCCAAACCCGUAUGGAUACUAUCAGCAGCCUCCAGCCCCAGAUGCAGCUGGCUACACUGGGUACCCGCCUCAACAAUACAGCCAGUAUCCUCCUCCGCCGCCGCCGCCCGCAGCCAGUACUGCGCCACCGGUACCUUCUCCUGCAACUGAGGCAACAUCAACAGGAGGCCUUGGUCCUGUACUUGGUCCUGAACGUCCACCAGCGCCGCCUUCCACGCCAGUCACCGCUGCCGCUGCUGCUGCUGCGGCUUCGACAUCGGCGUCAGCGUCGGCGCCAGCCCAGAGCGCCUCUUUGUUGGCUGCGUUGGAAAAGCGCAUCGAUCCUGCGCCACCAGUAGAUCCACCGCGCCGCAAGUUUGCCGAACAAGGAGUCCGUCAGCGACCCAAAGCUGAUGAAUUUUUCGACGCUCCAGUUGUUGAUCCGAUUCAAGCUGCGAGCGCGCCGUCCCGUUGGAACGAAGAUGAGCCUCAGUCACGUAAGCAUCGUCGCGACGAAGACAUUCCGCCAGCGCCAGUGUCCUACUCGCGAUUUGCAGCAGCUGGCUCAUCAUCGUCGUCGUCGUCGUCGUCUUCAACAUCUGCGCAUCAGCACGAUCAACGCGAUGAGCGAGAUAGCAAGCGGGCACGGUUGGACAAUGAGCAACAACCUUCGCAGUCCAAUCCUGCAUCAUCGUCCUCGGCCUCGCGACCGUUCUGGGCAGCACCUGCGCCAUCGGGAUCCACGGGAAGCCCGUUUGAUGUCCUGGCCAGCGCGACCGCUCCUCGAUCUGGGCGGGAUUCGGCAGCCGCGCCUCCAGCUGAAGAGACGGCUGAGGAGAGGUACCGACGUGUGCGCGCAGAGCUUGGGAUGAACUAGUUUGCUUCCCCCCCCCCCACGCUUUUGCAAGGUUAUCUGCAUGCGCUUCAUCACGGGCGUCUAUCUUGUGUGUUGUCUCUGCCUUGUGUCAUGUUGUUCUCGACUUGACUUUUUGUUUAAUCACAAAGUGCACACAUCCAG